UACACUGCGCAUGCGCGCUCUAGAAUCUUCCUCCUCACGUGUGGACGUGAACCGGUUCAGUGUGACGAUCCACGCUCCUGACGGACCCGACAGCAGCUCCACGCAGAACCUCGACCCACGAACACGUCCACAAAAAACAUGGCCUUCAGAAAAUUCCUCCCCUUGUUCGACCGGGUGCUGGUGGAGCGCCUCAUUGCAGACACCGUGACGAAGGGCGGCAUCCUGCUGCCGGAGAAGUCUCAAGGCAAAGUGCUGCAGGCCACCGUCGUGGCCGUCGGACCUGGAGCUGUCAACCCGGACUUCUACAACUGGCCGGAUGAAUCAUUCGAGGAGAUGGACAGCACGCUCGCUGUUCAACAGUACAUUCAGCAGAACAUUAGAUCAGAUUGCUCCAAUAUCGACAAAAUCCUGGAACCUCCGGAGGGUCAGGAUGAGGGGGUGUGGAAGUAUGAACACCUCAGGCAGUUUUGUCUUGAGCUCAAUGGACUAGCUGUAAAACUGCAGAGCGAGUGCCACCCAGACACCUGCACCCAGAUGACGGCCACAGAGCAGUGGAUCUUUUUAUGUGCUGCCCACAAGACACCCAAAGAGUGCCCUGCCAUUGAUUACACCAGGCACACGCUGGACGGAGCUGCCUGUCUUCUCAAUAGCAACAAAUACUUCCCCAGCAGGGUGAGCAUCAAAGAGUCAUCGGUGGCUAAACUCGGCUCCGUCUGUCGUCGCAUCUAUAGGAUAUUCUCUCAUGCCUACUUCCACCACCGCCAGAUCUUUGACAAGUAUGAGAACGAGACGUUCCUGUGUCACCGGUUCACACGCUUCGUAAUGAAGUAUAACCUGAUGUCCAAGGACAACCUGAUCGUGCCCAUCCUGGAGGAGGAGGUGCAGAACACGUCUUCAGCCGGGGUGAGCGAGGCCUGAGAGGCAGCUGCUGCCACAAGGGAGACGUGCGAAAACAAAAGAUCUACACAUUACAGAGGAGACGCAUUCACACACAGACACACACAUGAAUAUAUAUGUCUACACAUUACACACACUACAGUGUAUUAAGGCUCCUGUCCAGUAACACUGUUCAUGUCCCUCCUCCCCUGUCACCUGUGUCUCUCAGAGGAGGUGACGUUAAAGAGCGGGAGCAGAGUCACUCCUGCAGGACGACACUUUUCUGUUUCCCUCCAUGUUCCUUCAGAUUCAGGCUGUGUCUCUGGAAACACCUCCGCUCUAACUCCUCCCCUUUUACUUUAUUCUUCUUUAAGCAGCUGGAUUUGCAAAAAAACAACAAAACAAAAACUACAUAAAACCAUGGUGACCUGUAUUGUUGACGAAGGCACAUACACUGACAGCCCCCCCCCCCGUAUAUAAGCCGCGGCCCUUUCUCUUAAUCCUCUGUCAUAUUUUCUGAUGGUGCUUCACUGUCUGCUUCUGUUCUGUUUGCUUGUGUUGCCUACCAGCUUGUUUCGGGGGUGUCCCAUGAGACGGAUCUCUAAAUGAGCCGGCUCACAUAAUAAUGCUGUUCGAGCACUUUGAAGGGGCGUGGCUCGUGUGGUAGUGAACAAAGACAACCGGUCUCUCUCUCUCUAGCUUCGUACGUGUACCAGCAGUCAGGUACUCUGUCUCCUCGCUCUCCUCGCUGUAGGAGGCUGUUGGCUAACUUCUGAUCCUGCUUUGUGACGUGCCCCCUUUUAAUCCCGUGUGAAAUGUGCCUGAUGCUCCGCCUCCCCCGAUUUCUACCGAUGUAAACAUUCGACCAGUAAAGGCCACGAGGAAGUUCUGACUAUCGGCAACAUUUAAGUAUCUGAGCACAACCUCCGUCUUCUACCCCCUCCCUCGUUAAGUUAUUUUGUGGGAGGAGUCUUGUCAGUCCCACCCACUUUUUUUUUUUUUAAUGGACUAAACAAUUUUGUUACUGUUGACAUUUACAUGAUGUCUGUUAAUAAAAAAAACAUAUUAUUCA